AUGAUGAAGCCAUUCUCAUUACUCUUGAUACUUGGAGCUGGCUUCUUCAUCGAUGUACUAGCAGCCCCAAGUCCCUGCCCUCUAGUUGGGCCCGCCUUUCCAUGGCCUACACCGAGCUUAGAAAACAAAUGUCUUGAUACGGCACGAAGAAAUCUUUCUGCUCUUCUUUUUAAAGCAGCGAAUGGAUCUACGAACUCCAUCGCUGUUCAGGCAUUCGAUACAUCCAACACCAGUCCGCUGUUUCAAUGGACAUAUACGGCCGACAAUCUCGAUACUAAGUUGGGUGUUAGUCAUGUUGAUCAAGAUUCGGUGUUUCGCGUGGGCAGCGUCUCUAAGCUAUGGGCGAUGACUCUAUUCCUUGCAGAGGCGGGCAUUGAUACCUUUUCGGAUCCAGUUGCAAAAUACAUCCCUGAGAUUCAAUCGGCCGUCUCGGGUGAUGCAAUUGAUUCCGUGCAAUGGGCUAACGUGACAAUUGGAGAUUUGGCGAGCCAUUUAGCCGGCGUUGGGCGAGAUUAUGGCAUCCUUGAUCUUGCAGCAAACCCGUCAAUGACCCAAAUGGGGUUCCCUGUGCUACAACCGAAUGAGAUACCACCUUGCGGAAAUCCCGUACCUUGUAAUAGGACACAGUUCUUUAGCGGACUUCUACAACGGCAUCCUACAUUCCCCGUAUCUGCGACCCCUGUAUAUUCGAAUGCCGCGUUCCAGAUUCUCGGGUAUGUCUUAGAAGCGAUCAAGAAUGAUACUUUUGAGAACCUCUUUCAAAGUCAGAUCGUGAGGCCUCUAAACCUUAGUCACACUUUCUAUACCGCACCAAGUCCAUCCCUUGGGGUUAUUCCCCAAGGCCAGGGUGCCAAUUUCUGGAAUAUGGAUUUGGGUGAUGAGAAUCCGGCUGGUGGCAUUUACUCCUCUGCCAAUGACAUGGCAGCUCUUGGCCGUGCAAUUCUAAACAGUACCCUUAUAGAUCCACUCACAACGAGGCGAUGGAUGAAACCCCAUUCUCACACAUCCUCGCUUGCCUACGCAGUCGGGGCCCCGUGGGAAAUUACAUCUUUCUCUCUGCCGCGCUUAAUUGACCUCUACACGAAAUCCGGGGAUAUCGGGAGCUAUUCAUCAGUCCUUGCACUAUCUCCAGACCAUGGUGUUGGUUUCACAAUUCUUGUCGCAGGUACCGGCGGCCACGUUGUCGCUGCAAUGGUUGCCGACCUCGUGGCACAAACCAUGCUUCCCGCACUCGAGUACAUCGCGAAGGAUCAAGCGCGAGUCCGAUUCGCGGGAACUUACUCGGCUCCUAGUCGGGUGGUGAAUUCUUCCAUUUCGAUUAUCACGGACGACGGGCCCGGCCUGAGAGUCACCAAUUGGACCAGUAACUCGACGGAUAUGUUCCAAUCACUUGCGACCUUACGCGGCGCUAAUGAUACUUCUCAAAUUACUAUCCGAUUAUACCCUACGGGCCUCGAGACUCCUGGCAAAAUUUCGUUCCGGGCCUUGAUUCCGCCGGAUCUGGGCUUGGCUCCUAUUGGUCCUUUUACUGGUUCCUGCAUUACCUGGGUGACCGUUGACUCGUAUAUCUAUGGGAGUGUUGGUUUGGAUGAAUUUGUCUUUACGUUGGAUGACCAUUUAAGGGCUACUAGUGUCUCACCUCGGGUGCUACGUAUCGACUUGCAGAGACAAAAUAGUAGCAGUGGAUGA